AGUAGCAAUUGCACCCACUGUCUACACAGUUGAAGCAGAAAAUGAAUUCAACCGCAUUUGAAACGCAGCAAUGGUGGAAGGAGUCUGUUGUAUAUCAGAUCUAUCCCGCCUCGUUUCUCGAUUCGAGUGGUGAUGGAUGGGGCGAUGUACCUGGAAUUACCAAGAAACUUGAUUAUCUCAAAGAUCUAGGAGUCGACGUAAUAUGGAUUUCUCCAAUCUACAGGAGUCCUCAGGCGGACAUGGGAUACGAUAUCUCGGACUACAGAGACAUCGACCCCAUAUACGGGACUCUCAAAGAUGUCGAUCACAUGAUCAAGGAGAUCAAGAGCAGAGGAAUGAAAUUGAUGAUGGAUCUUGUUGUCAAUCACACGUCUGAUCAGCAUGCGUGGUUCGAAGAAUCUCGCUCCUCAACCACAUCAUCUAAGCGUAACUGGUACAUCUGGAAGAAGCCAAAAUUCGACAAGGACGGAAACAGACAGCCACCCAACAACUGGGCGAUGAUUCUCGGAGAAGCGAACUCGGCUUGGACCUGGGACGAGAAGACUCAGGAGUACUAUUUAUCUCUAUUCACAGCGGAGCAACCCGACCUCAAUUGGGAAAAUCUGGCCGUCCGCGAAGAAGUUCACGACGUCCUUCGGUUCUGGCUCGAGCGUGGCGCUUCUGGAUUCCGGAUGGAUGUGAUCAACCUGAUCUCGAAGGUUCAGUCUUUCCCAGAUGCCCCGGUUUCCGUGCCAUCGAGUAAGUAUCAGCCUGGGGAUAAGUAUUACGCCAACGGGCCGAGACUUCAUGAGUAUCUGAAGGAAAUUCGAAAGGAAGUUCUAAGCAAGUAUGACACCAUCACUGUCGGCGAAAUGCCCUUCGUCCGCGACGAAGACGAAAUCAUCCGGGUCGUCGGGGCCAAAUCAGGCGAACUCAACAUGAUCUUCGCGUUCGACCUCGUAGACAUCGAUAAUGUUCCAGGCGAUUUCAAGUUCACCCUGCAUCCAUGGGAUGCUCGAGACGUCAACAAGAUCGUCAACCGUCUGCAGCGCUUGAUGAUCGAUCGCGACGGAUGGAACACCAUUUUCUGCGAGAACCACGACCAACCGAGGUCUGUGACGCGCUACACUGACGAUAGCGAUGAGUGGAGAGAGCUCGGUGCGAAACUCCUGUGUCUGAUGCAAACGACGCUCUCUGGCACCCUAUACGUGUACCAAGGCGAGGAAAUUGGCCAACGGAAUGUGCCUCCGAGCUGGGGGCCGGAAGAGUAUAAGGACAUUGAGUCCAUCAAUUUUUGGAAGAAAAACAACGAACUCUACCCUAACAACCCCGAGAAGCUCGCCCUAGCCCGCAAGAUCCUCCAACGGAAAGCCCGCGACAACGCCCGCACCCCCGUCCAAUGGGACGACUCACCUCACGCGGGCUUUACCUCAGCUGACGCGAAGCCCUGGAUGCGUGUCAACGAUGAUUAUCAAACUGUCAACGCCGCAGCGCAGCUGAAGCCGUCUGACGAGCUCUCAGUCCAUGCAUUCUGGAAGCGCGGAAUGGCGAACCGGAAGAAGCACAAGGAUGCCUUUGUGUACGGCGAUUUUCACUUGCUCGAUGACGCACACAAGCAGGUCUUCUCAUACAAGAAGUCAAGCAAGUCCGAGACUUGGGUGGUUGCGCUGAAUUUUUCAGGCCAGACCGCCAAAUGGGACGGCCUAGGCGGUCUGAAGAUCUCAAAAUGGGUCGCUGGAAACUACGACGAGAGCCUGCUUAGUGAGAAGGCUACGAGCGGAACGGUGGAGUUGAAGCCGUGGGAGGGUAUACUAGGGCUAAUCGAGUAGACAGGUAUGAGUUGAUGAUGAACUGAGCUUAUGAAGACGCUUUGGACGAAGAGAAAUACAGGUAGAAACGACGUUUAUGAGGAAAACAACAUUCUUUUAUGGUGCUGUAGAGUAGAUCCUCCAAAUCUCUAAUGCUCACUGCUUCCAUCUUGUUUGUCGCCAACCUACUACGGGUUUUUCCUACCCGUCUCAGAGCGUCUGAAAC